AUGGCGGACCCCAUGGAUUCUUUCCUGGAGUACCGUGAGUCUCGCGACGAUGUGCUACAGCCCUCGUUAUCCCAGGACGCAGCUCUGAUGGGGUUUCCGGACAGCCAUGUGGCGAACUACGACUUCCCUAUGCUUCCCCAGGAUGGCGACCUCACCCUGGCAAACUUUGAUCGGAUACCGCCCUCCCAGCCCGAGCUGGAGGGCCAUCUAUCCGAUGUGAUGCUGAACUACGAGUCCGUGCCAAGUUCAGGCGUUUCAAUGCCGCUGAGCCUCGAUGCGACCAACGCUUUCUAUGUACCGACCACCUACCCCGCGGCCCCGAUGGGUCACGCUCCCUCUCUGGACCAGACUCAACUUCACUCGACAUACCCUCAGUUUCAGCCACAUUUGCCGGCGCAGUAUCUUCAGCAGCAACGACAACAGCCGCCUCUCCGAGCUCUCCCGGCCCGCAAGGAGCUCUACACUUCCGGCAAUAGCUCUACUGCGAGCCUCGAUGAUUUAGACUUCUCCCGACCCAGCGAACGCAGCCCGGCUCUGGCGCGACCACUGGUCCAGGGACGCGCACGACCACAACCUUCUCCGCUCAGGGCCACGCAGCCUGUUGCAAUACAGCCAAAGAAGCCACCACCGGCCCAAGGACUGAACACGCCCGAUGCAAGUCGAUCGGAGCAUGCAGGCAUCUACUCCGGCAGUGGAUUCGACAUCUUAGGCGUCCUCGUGAGUGUGGCGAGCCGCCCUAAUCCGCAAAUCAAUAUCGGUGCAGUGGAUCUAUCUUGUGCUUUUGUCCUCUGUGACAUCCUGAAGCCAGAUAGCCCCAUUGUCUAUGUUUCCGAGGCUUUCGAACGACUGACCGGCUACGUGAAAGAUGAAAUUGUGGGCCGGAACUGUAGAUUCCUGCAGGAUCCCGAAGGCCAAAUUCAGGCGGGUGCCGCGAGAUCCUUUGUAGAUGCGCAGACCGUCUAUCGACUCAGGUCUACGAUCGAUGACCGUAGCGAGAUCCAGGCCAGCAUCAUCAACUACCGCAAAGGUGGCCAGCCAUUCAUGAACCUGAUCACUAUGAUUCCAAUCCAGUGGGACUCGGGGGAAUAUCGGUUCUACGUUGGGUUCCAAGUGGACCUGGUGGAGAAGCCGGAUGCUAUCACAAGAAGGAAUGCUGAUGGAACAUACAGCAUCAACUAUCAGCGUGACCAGCUCCCCAAAUAUGUGGUCCCCCCUCCGGAGAUAUACCGAAUCAGGCCCGAUCUCGCCACUCGUUUCGACCAUAACGAAGUGUCCGCCAUCCUGAAUGCAGUUGGGGCACCGGGCUCAAAUCUGUCGCGGGAUUACUUGGAUCGCAUCCUCGUGGAGAACACGGACGACGUGAUCCAUGUCCUCUCCCUGAAUAGCGAGUUCCUUUACGUCUCGCCGUCGUGCAAGAAAAUCCUCGAAUACGACCCGAUCGAACUCGUGGGCAAGACUCUUUCGGCGGUCUGCCAUCCAAGUGAUAUCGGGCCCGUGAUCCGCGAUCUGCGUGCCAGCACGACAUCUGCCCCCAUCAGUGUGGUCUAUCGGAUCCGCCAGAAGUACCGCGGAUACAUCUGGUUCGAAAGCCAUGGCUCAUGGCAUAUUGAUCCUCACCAAGGUCGGACGCAUGUUGUUAUGACGGGUCGUCCUCGACCUGUCUAUGCUUUGGACCAGAUUGCCGGACUGGGCUCCUCUGCUGCGCUAGCAGAAAAUGAUAUCUGGGCCAAGGUCUCCUUGUCCGGUGUCCUUCUAUUCGUGACAUCGAAGGUGAAAUCAGUGCUAGGACGCACCCCCGAUGAUUUGAUAGGCAAGAGUCUGCACGAGCUUAUGGAGCCUGGAACAGACGCCAGUGACAUCAACAAAGCCCUUGAGGCUGCCAUUGCCGCAUCUGACCCCGAGAGCAAUACGCUGUCUGCGCACACCACUCUAUAUGCUGGAGAUCUCCAAGAAGACUCCCGACCAUCCUUUCUUGUUGCUCAGAUUCGGUUUGUCCGAUCGUCUCCAGCGCCUGCUGCAGCCACACUGGCUGCCAAUGACGACAAGAUGGGAUCCGUCCCGGGAUCAUCCAAACCAACCACCCUCGUCACCAAAGAUGCCAACCCGCCCGGCCCAGAUGGGGUUCUCGGCCAGCGUCCCGUCGAUCUGUCCCUCGUCGGUCUGAACGGCCUCCCAUCCGGUAACCGCAGCGCCUCUCCUUCAGACCCAGCCACGUUUUUCACCGAGCUCAAUCCGACGCGCGGAUCUAACUGGCAGAUUGAGCUGCGCGAGCUUGAAAAGCAAAACCGAACACUUACCGAGGAGCUGCAGCGCCUGCUCAGUCGGCGGAAGAAGCGCAAGCGCAAGCAGAGCGCGGUGUCCGUGGAGAAGGCGUGCGCGAUGUGCAACACCCCGGAAUACGCCCGAAUGGCGGCGCGGUCCGAGCGGGAAUCGAGACUUGUGCAACAGCUGUGGCCUCCGAUGGGCAAAGCAGGUGCGCAGUCAAGCGCAGCCACCUGCAACGACGGCUCCGCCCUCAGGGCCUGCGGUAUCCACCAGCCGUUGAUCGAACGUUGUUCUAUACGCAGCGACAUCUCCACCACCACGCUCGUCCAGCGCAAUCGCCAACUCCGCCGCACUCAGCGCCUUGACCCCCCCACCGGCCCGGAUCAUCUGGUCAUCAAUCGCCAAAUACUCCAGAUACCUCCUGAGCCGCGGCCGAUAGACCCUCCAGGCCAGCACACGCGCCACAAUGCCCUCGAACCGAUCAUGCUUCCCCACCAGCCCGAACACCGCACACGCGCGCAGGACCUCCGCCGCACUCGCCCCGGCCGCCCACCGCGGAUCCGCGAAGCGCAGCAGCAGCGCGCGCGCUCUUGCGCCGAGCCGGCCGCAGGCAGCGGGGCAGGCAUACUCUUCUGCCGGACGGCGGCGGCGAGCGAAUGCGCCUCUAGCGCUUUCGUCUUGCGCUGGGAGGCCUUGGUGCGCUCUUUCGCGAUCUGGUACGGGAGGCGGCAGGUGGUCGGGGUGAUGGCGGAGCCGUAG